AUGGCUAUGAUGAAGCGACGACGCGAGAAUGAAACUGGCGCACAGGUGGACGCGGCUGAUGAGGCCAAAAAAAAGCAGAAAUUAGCGACAGCGGGUGGCAACAAGUACAUUAACAAACAGCGUGUGCUCGUGUUCUCGUCGCGUGGUAUCACGACACGUUAUCGUCACCUGAUGGACGACUUUCGCAAGCUGCUGCCACAUCACAAGCGUGAGGUGAAACUUGAUGCCAAAGACACGCUUCAUGUGGUCAAUGAGAUUGCAGAGAUCAAAGGCUGCAACACGACGAUCUUUCUAGAAGCCCGUAAACGACAGGACCUUUACAUGUGGAUCAGCCGUGUUGGUACGGGUCCCAGCGUCAAGUUUUUGGUGCAAAAUGUGCAUACCAUGGACGAGCUCAAGAUGACGGGUAAUGCUCUUGCCGGUUCGCGGCCGCUGUUGACAUUUGACAAGGCUUUUAAUGAAGCACCUCAUCUUCAAGUGAUUAAGAAACUGUUUACACAAGUGUGGGGUACGCCCAAGGCUCACCCAAAGAGUAAGCCAUUCAUUGACCGGGUCAUGAGCUUUUACUAUGCCGAUGGUAAAGUCUGGUGUCGCAAUUAUCAACUAGCGGACGAUGCCGAUACGAAAAAGAAUGAACUGGCAGCAUUGCACCGUGGCGAAGAUCUUGUGCAGCUUAUUGAGAUUGGUCCACGCUUUGUCAUUACGCCAAUACGCAUCUUUGAUGGUAGUUUUGGUGGUCAGACAUUGUACCAGAACGAGCAUUACGUGUCGCCGAACGAAAACCGCCGUGAGGUCAAGGCUGAUAAACGUGAUCGUUAUGUAUCUCGUAAAACGGCCGAGGUUGAACGCAAGGACCGAUUGCCUGAACGCAAGAUGCCAGAAGAUCAGUUUGCCGAUGUCUUUACUGGUGCGAAGCAGUAA